AUUAUACGAAUGGCUUGCCAGGAGAUUCAUUCAUGGACGUUCUGUGGGCUCGUCGGGGCUUUUCUGGAUCUUUGGUUGUCGUAUCUCCUGCUUUGUGGAUCGGCUUUUGCCUUCUUUACUUCAAAUUUUUUGGGUAUUUUCGGUUGGUACUUGCCGUGUCUCUGCAACGGACUUUUUGGUGUUCCUCAUGGAGGUAUUUGUUUGCAGAGGUUUCUUAUUGACUACCCAACUCAGAAGAUCUCAUCUGUUCAAAUGUCUGUGAUGAGCAACUUCCCUUUCGAUUCCAUCUUCAUGAAUGACCAAGAAUGUCAAUUGAGUGUUAGAUUAUUGGGAGAUACUGACCACAGUGAUGGACCUCAGGAGAUUGAGGGAGAAGCCUCUUGCAGCUCCAUCUCCUAUGCCAAGAGAAGAUCUCAAAACUUUGUUGUCAGAGACCCAUCUUCCAAGAGGGAACAGGUUGGCUUAUUGAUAAGUUCUGCUGUACGUGAUGGCCGCGCUGAUGUUAAGGGAAAGGGAGUUGUGAAUCAGAGGCCAAGGUCUGGUUUACGUUGCCGGCGCAGAGCUGUUUUUGUACGUAGUAAAUUCGCGUCUGUCUCAUCCUCUGACCCUCCUCGGCUUAUCAAGCGAGAGGUCUCUCAUUCCCCUUACUGCAUGAGCGAAUUUGGUCAUGAAAUUUCCGAAGAAGGCUCAGUGCCUAUGAAUUCUGCAAGGUUUGCUCUCCAAGACUUUUGGGGUCACACUGGUGGUCGACUGGCUGAAGGAAGCCUACAUGGCUUUGAACUGAAUAGAUCAUUUGGUGAAAGUAAGGUCAUGGAGACAGAUGCAUCAUCUGCUAGAGAAUUAGUAUGCAACGUUCGAGAUGGACUGGGGUUUGAUGGGAAUGAGAAAAAUGUUAUUAGAGUCUUGGAACAAGCAAUUGACGAAGAGCAAGCUGGUCGUGCUGCUCUGUACCUUGAGCUAGAGAAGGAAAGAAGUGCUGCUGCAACUGCUGCUGAUGAAGCCAUGGCCAUGAUAAUGCGUCUGCAAGAGGAGAAAGCAUCAAUAGCGAUGGAAGCAAGGCAGUAUCAGAGGAUGAUUGAAGAGAAAUCUGCUUAUGAUGCAGAGGAAAUGGGCAUUCUCAAAGAGAUUCUUGUGAGGAGAGAGAGGGAGAAGCACUUUCUGGAGAAGGAAGUGGAAACUUACAGGCAGCUAAUACUUUUUAACAAUGAGAGCUUGGAAGGUGAUGGAAAUGAUAUGGUGGAAAUAUCAGCACCAAGGUCUACUUUUUCAUUGGACUCAAGUGAGGAUCCGGAAUCGAUGCUGCAGCGGAUUAGUGAAUCUAUAGACAAAAGAGAAAUAGAGAAAAAUUUAAAAACAUCAUCCAAUUAUGAGGCACAGAAUUUUGAGGGACCAAUUUCUGCUUAUGCUUUUGUGAAAGAGCUACCAUCUUCAGACUGGGAUAGGGAUGCCAACCUCCUUAAACAAGUGGAUUUUCAGAGGAAAGUAAGUUCUGACAAAAGUCAUCCACGUGUGCCAGGGUCCCGUGGUGAUGGUAACCAAGAGGUUCAGGAGAAGGGAAUGGUAUCCAUGGAUGAGGAAAGAUCUGUUCUUCAAAGAGGAGGGCAGAUAUCAGAGAGAGAGUCCAGGUUAUAUAAGUUAAACAGCCCUCCUAAGCAUGGCUUGCUUGGGAAAACUAUUAUUUCAAUCGAUAAAGAACACGGUCAAAAGAGUAAUGCUAGGCAAUGUCAAGGACUUGAAAUGAAGGCUGACUCAAAUCCUUGUGGAACUGAAAUGAUUUUUCCAUGUGAUGGUGAAGAGUUUGAGAAGUGUGGGAAAAAUCAAGAUCGACGAGGAAGUGAUCAACAAUUUUCUAAGGUUGAGACUGAAUCAAGUCUUUACAAUGUUCAUGUAAUUGACGAUAGAUCUAAGUUGUGUAAAGAGGAAGCUAGAGAAGAAAGUCGAGCACAGUUGACAGACACAGCUUCAGACAGGUUUAGGAUACAUGGUCUUCCAUCUGACCCCUCUGGUGUCAGUAGGAUUGAUGCUGCAACUGAUCAACCAAAUGCAAGCAGGGCAGCAACUGAGAAGGAUAUUCAUAGAAGCUGCUCUGGCUUUACUGCCGGGUUGCCACCAAUCAGUAACAUACAUGGGAAUUCUUUUCCCUUUGGCUUGCGGAGGAAUUCCAUGUCUGCAGUUGAUAAUGAAAGACUGAAACUUGAAACUGAAGUUGGGUGGCUAAGAGAAAGGUUGAGGACUGUGCAGGAGGGAAGAGAGAAGCUGAGUUUUUCUGUGGAGCACAGGGAAAGGGAGAAAAUACAGUUGCAACUCUUGGAGGAUAUAACAAAACAACUUCAAGAGAUUCAGUAGGUAACUGAGCCUGGAAAAGCUGUUAGGCAGGCUUCUUUACCCUCAACAUCUUCAAAGGUUAGCUCAAAGAAACGCCGAUGUCGAAGUGUUUCAUUGGCACUCCAGAAUAGCACCUGAAACAGAUCUGGCAUCUAGUGACUCAAUGCACUGGAGAUGGCCAGUUUAUAGUUGAAAACAUUGUUGCAAUAGCACGUAAGGUGAAAACUGUAACACUUGAAAGCAUUGUCUACAUCUAGAUAGAGUUCUAGUCAAU